ACAACAAUGCCUGCAUUAAUACAUCCCAACAAACUAGAAAACACCCAGACUAGAAUGGGAAAUUGUUGAUGGUGACAUAACCGAGUGAAAACAAUAUGGCAAAGUCUGAGCCUCCUAAUAAGAGCAGCAAGUCAAUCAUGGGGCAGAGCUUCCUUAAUAGUAUGUCUGACAGUGCUCGACAGCGGUAUCUGGAGAGCAUGAUGAGUGGCAUCAUGGAGAUGGGGAUGGGAGGGGAAAACUCAGAUGUAGAGAUCAUCGUACAGGGCCAGAGCUUCCCCUGUCACAAACUUCUACUUGCAGCAGGUUCCCCAUAUUUCAAGUCCAUGUUUAACUCUGGAAUGCUGGAGUCUACAAGUAAUAGACUCGAGUUACCUGACAUAGAAAAGGCUACCUUUGAGGCGUUCAGGACUUAUAUCUACACAGGACAAGAGGACAUCACCAGGGACAAUGUAGUGGAACUCCUCAGAGCAGCUGCAUUAUUCCAAGUGCAGGCUCUGCAAGAGUCAUGUGAGGAAUUUCUUGGAAAGGAAAUGGACACUGAAAAUUGCCUUGAAAUUUUUAAACUUGCUCGGCAGUUUGGCUGCAAUAUACUCUUAGAAAAAUGUCGUCCAUAUGUGAUGGAGGGCUUCAAUGGACUAUGGAAGACAAAAGAAUUUGAUGAGCUGGAUAUUGACGAUGUUCUGAGUAUUGUUAAAGAUGACGAUUUGGUUCCUGUGGAUGAAGAACAAAUUUGUGAGGCCGUCUUGCGCUGGGUUAAAGCGGACAAGCGUAACAGAGAAGAUAACAUUGACAAACUUUUUCGGCAUGUGAGAUUAAUAAACAUCAGUCCCGAGUAUUUACUGAGUGAAUUGUACAGGGAAAACUUGUUGACAGAGGAUCAAAACUGUAGUCGUUUCCUUGAUGAAGCUCGAGAUUACCACAUGCUACCGGCUCGACAGCAAGAGUACUGCUCAACCAGAUUUCACUUACGCAACAGUGAUGAAUUUGAGGAAGUUACUAUGGUGAUUACAGAAUAUGAUAUGGAGAGGUCUGGAUCAUUCUACCAGGAUGGUAAGUGUCUAUGGGCCUUCAGUUUUCACCAGAAUCGCUGGUACACCCUAGCUCCAAUACCACUGGACAAAAACCCAGGUGUGAACUUCCAGAUGGUCACCUAUAGGAGUGAUAUUUACUUGUCGGGGGGAACAAACAAUUCCAAAAACUUGCUUCAUUACGAUUCAGAGAGAAAUGAAUGGAACUUGUGCGAAGCCUUGAUGAAGAGAGGACGUACAUGUCAUGUGAUGGCAGCUGUGAGAGAGUCAAUCUACAUCGUUGGAGGUAAAAAUCCUAAAGCAAAGGAGGGGAAGAAUGUCCUAAGUUCCGUAGAUGAAUAUAGUAUCCGAGGGAAAAAAUGGAGAGCAUUAGGAGAACUGAUGUGCCCUGUUCACUCUGCAUCUUCCACAGUUAUAGGAGAAAGAAUUUUCAUUUUUGGAGGAAUCAAUCAAAAUGGAAAAUAUGUCAGAGACAUUCAGGUGUUUGAAAUCCGGACAAGAGAAUGCAAGGUCAUAGGUCAACUGGAUUUGGAACAGCCUGUGGCUGUGUCAUCCUUUGGACAUUUGAACUUUAUAAUAAAUGCCAAAGGUGAAAUUAUCAAGUUUGAUAUUGAGAGAAGAGAGGAUGACUUUAAAUGCAAGUUUGUGUCAUUGACCAAAUUGUCACCUUCAUAUUUACCAAUUUUAGGAUUCACACACUACAGGGGCAGAAUAUUACUUCUCUCUGCCGACCAGAAAAAGAAGGAUGUGUUUUCUCAGAUGAUACAGAUCGACAUGCGGAAGUCACCGAUGAGGGCAGAGAUUGUGACCCCUCGAAAUAACACCAAACCCAAGCCAAUCCAUGCCUGUACUAGGAACAUUAUCAACAAACAGUUCUUAUACCACACUUAUUUUCAAUAGCAAAUUCUGUAAAAUUUAUCAAAUGUACCGUGCAUCUUUUUUAAAAAACUUGUUAAGUUUACAAAACAAAAUUUUUAUACCAGACACUUUGACAUAAUGUUUUUCUAUGACAGAUAUACAAUACUUUAUAAUCUCAUGAUAACUGAUCCUCUGAAGUAGUGUGCAGUUUUUUCUGUUUGAUGCAUAUACAUGUAUAUAUUUUUAUUUAAACUAAGUACUGGUAAAAGACAGUCUGGCAUAGUGUUGUUUACACUAAAGAGGGCAUGGUUUUUCAUGAACGUCAUUUUUUUUUUUUUAAAUUUGAUGUUGCAUUCAGUCCUUGGACAUAAAAAACAUAUUUUUAUCUGAUUCUCUCUGUAUUUGUUUGUUUUUGGAAUGAGAAUAAUAAAAAAUAAGAGUAAAACAAAAGACACUUGUAAAGAACUUUAUAUCAGUUGAUUUAUAAAAUUUUUAUUUUCACCUAUCUCUUUAUAGCAUUGCAUUAAUGUCACAUUUAAGAAGAUUUGCUGGUACAAUGUAUUUUAUCAGUUAACACUUGUUUGUAUCUUAAGCAAUCCCCAUAGUUAACACAUCAUUACAUAGUAGUCUUAGAUAUAAUUGGUUCAG